AUGAGCGGCAGAGUCGGAGAUCUGAGCCCCAAACAGAAGGAGGCACUGGCCCAGUUUCGGGAGAAUGUCCAGGAUGUGCUGCCCACCCUGCCGAAUCCAGAUGACUAUUUUCUCCUGCGCUGGCUCCGAGCAAGAAGCUUUGACCUGCAGAAGUCAGAGGCCAUGCUCCGGAAGCAUGUGGAGUUCCGAAAGCAAAAGGACAUUGACAACAUCAUUAGCUGGCAGCCUCCAGAGGUGGUUCAACAGUAUCUGUCAGGGGGCAUGUGUGGCUAUGACUUGGAUGGCUGCCCAGUCUGGUACGAUAUCAUUGGACCUCUGGAUGCCAAGGGUCUGCUGUUCUCAGCCACCAAACAGGACCUGCUCAAGACCAAGAUGCGGGACUGUGAGCUGCUUCUGCAGGAGUGUGCUUGCCAGACCACAAAGCUGGGGAAGAAGGUGGAGACCAUCACCAUGAUUUAUGACUGUGAGGGGCUUGGCCUCAAGCAUCUCUGGAAGCCUGCUGUGGAAGCCUAUGGAGAGUUUCUCUGCAUGUUUGAGGAAAAUUAUCCUGAAACACUGAAGCGUCUUUUUGUUGUUAAAGCCCCCAAGCUGUUUCCUGUGGCCUAUAACCUCAUUAAACCCUUCCUGAGUGAGGACACUCGUAAGAAGAUCAUGGUCCUGGGAGCAAACUGGAAGGAUGUUUUACUGAAACAUAUCAGCGCUGACCAGGUGCCUGUGGAAUAUGGGGGCACCAUGACUGACCCUGACGGAAACCCCAAGUGCAAAUCCAAGAUCAACUAUGGGGGUGACAUCCCCAAGAAGUAUUAUGUGCGAGACCAGGUGAAACAGCAGUAUGAACACAGCGUGCAAAUUUCCCGUGGCUCCUCCCACCAAGUGGAGUAUGAGAUCCUCUUCCCCGGCUGUGUACUCAGGUGGCAGUUCAUGUCGGAUGGGGCGGACAUUGGUUUUGGGAUUUUCCUGAAGACCAAGAUGGGGGAGCGGCAGAGGGCAGGGGAGAUGACAGAGGUGCUGCCCAACCAGAGGUACAAUUCCCACCUGGUCCCUGAGGAUGGGACCCUCACCUGCAGCGAUCCUGGCAUCUAUGUCCUGCGGUUUGACAACACCUACAGCUUCAUUCAUGCCAAGAAGGUCAGUUUUACUGUGGAGGUCUUGCUUCCAGACAAAGCUUCAGAAGAGAAGAUGAAACAGCUGGGAGAAGCCACCCCAAAAUAA